CAACUGAUCCCCUCCUCCCCCCCUUCCCUCCCAUUUCCUCCUCCUUAGCAUUCCCAGGAAGAGAGAAGGGAAAGAAAGCUCGAGAGAGAGGGAGAGGGAGAGAGGAGAAAGGUUUUAAAGAGAAGGAAAGGAUUUAGAGAGAGGAGGAGGAGGAGGAGGAGGAGGAAGGGGGUAAAGGGGAGAAUGUUCAAAGACCAAGUCCGCGCGAAGGCGUGGGAGUCGACGGUGCGGAAGACGCAGCAGCAGCAGCAGCAGCCGUCCGGACGGCGCCGGGGCUGCAUCUUCACGCCCAUGUCCGUCGCCCCCGCCGACGACGCCGACGGCCCCCCCGCCCCCGCCGGCGACGACGACGACGCCUCCGAAGACGACGCCCCGCCCUCCGAGGAGCCCUGCCACGCCGAGCGCCUCCUACCCAACGGCGACUUCUACACCGGCCAGUGGUCCGGUGGCCUCCCCCAUGGCACUGGGAAGUACCUCUGGACCGACGGCUGCAUGUACGAGGGCGAGUGGCGCCACGGUAAGACCACCGGGAGGGGCAAAUUCUCCUGGCCCUCAGGUGCCACCUAUGAGGGCGAGUUCAAGGCCGGCUUCAUGGAUGGCUUCGGCACCUACACCGGCUCCUCCGGCGAUACCUACCGCGGCUGCUGGAGCAUGAACCUGAAGCACGGUCCCGGAAAGAAGUCCUACGCCAACGGGGACUACUACGACGGCGACUGGCGCUCCGGCGCCCAGGACGGCCACGGGCGCUACAUCUGGCGCAACGGCACCGAGUACGCCGGCCAGUGGCGCGCCGGCCUCCUCCACGGCAAAGGCUCCCUGGUCUUCGCCAAUGGGAACAGGUACGACGGCGGCUGGGAGGACGGCGUGCCCCGCGGCAACGGCACCUUCCGUUGGGCUGACGGCAGCCUCUACGUCGGCGUCUGGAGCAAGGACGACGCCGAGCACAAGGGGGUCUACUACCCCUCGCCGGCGGCGACGUCGCCCACCGCCAGGGACCCGCAGGAGGCCUUCGCCGCGGAGCUGCCGGAGUGCAGGAUCUGCCCCGGCGAGACCGUCUCCAUUCUCCCCUCGCAGAAGACUGUCAACUGGUCCGGCCUCGACCAGGCCGGCUCCAAGCCCCCGCUCCGCCCCCGGCGGCGGGCCUCCGUCGAUGCCGCCGCCGGGCCGACGAGGCGGCCCAAUGGGCGGACCAAGACCAUCAUUGGGGUGAACAGCAACGGGGAAGCGGAAAGGGGGUUCGAGAAGAUUUGCAUCUGGGAGUCGGAUGGCGACAUCACCUGUGACAUUGUGGAUGGGAGCUCGGUGGUGAGCGGCGGAGGCAGGGAGGAGGCGGAUGAUAUGAUGGCAGGGCGGCGAUCGGUGGAUGUGGAUCCGAGGGUGUUCAGGACGCCGCCACCGCAGCAGGUUCGGUGGUCGCAGAAGAUGCUGAGGAAGCAAGGGGAGACCAUCUCCAAGGGGCACAAGAAUUAUGAGCUCAUGCUCAAUCUCCAGCUUGGAAUCAGGCAUGCUGUAGGAAAACAAAGUAUGGCUUCGUCUGAUUUGAAAGCAUCGGCCUUUGACCCAAAAGAAAAGGUAUGGACAAAGUUUCCUCCCGAAGGAUCAAAACAUACACCUCCACACCAAUCUUGUGAGUUCAGAUGGAAGGAUUACUGUCCAUUGGUAUUCAGGACACUCCGAAAACUGUUCAAGGUUGAUGCAGCUGAUUAUAUGAUCUCUAUCUGUGGAAAUGAUGCCCUUCGUGAACUCUCAUCUCCCGGAAAGAGCGGAAGCUUUUUUUACCUGACCAAUGAUGACCGUUACAUGAUAAAGACAAUGAAGAAAUCUGAAGUUAAAGUGCUUCUAAGGAUGCUUCCAGCCUAUUAUAACCAUGUCCGCAAUUAUGAGAAUACUUUGGUGACCAAGUUCUUUGGUCUGCACUGUGUCAAGCUAACAGGAGCUACUCAAAAGAAGGUUAGACUAAGGGUCCGCUUUGUUAUAAUGGGAAAUCUGUUCUGUACUGAGUUUGCCGUCCAUAGACGUUUCGACUUGAAAGGGUCUUCCCAUGGUCGUACAACCACUAAGCCAGAGUCAGAAAUCGAUGAAUACACUACUUUAAAGGACCUUGAUCUUAACUUUAUAUUUCGAUUGCAAGGAUCUUUGUUCCAAGAAUUUCAAAGGCACGUAGAGAAGGACUGUGAAUUUCUCGAGGCGGAGAGAAUCAUGGAUUACAGUCUUUUGGUGGGUGUCCAUUUUAGGGGCCCCAUAGAGAUUCCUCCGGCUGAAGGUCAUGGUGAUAUUGGUAGCACAAAAGAAGCACCACCUCACCUUUCAAGAGCAGAUAUGGAUCAGUUUCUCCAUGAUCCAGCAAGGUCGGCCACGAGCAGGCUAGGUGUGAAUAUGCCGGCUAGGGCUGAACUGACUGUUAGAAGGAAUGACUGUGAACCCCAGCUGAUUGGAGAACCCACAGGGGAGUUUUAUGACGUAGUCUUGAUCUUUGGCAUCAUAGACAUACUCCAAGACUAUGAUAUCAGCAAAAAACUUGAGCAUGCAUACAAGUCUAUCCAUUAUGACCCAACCUCAAUAUCAGCUGUUGAUCCAAAACAGUAUGCAAAGCGCUUCCGUGAUUUCAUAUUCAAAGCUUUUAUAGAAGACACCUAGAAUUUUUUAGCAGAAAAGUGCCGCCAUCAGUACAACGAACUUCAGAACAUCCCCAUAGAAGUUGGUCAAGCUGAAGCCAAGAUGUUUGGCUUCUCGGCAUGUGUGUAUUAUUUCAGUGAUUGCAUUCAGAAAGAUCAGCGCUUCAGGCAUCAUUGAAGCCACUCGAGAUUGGCUCGUGGCUUGGGAAGUUGCAUGACUGAUAAACCAGUGCGGCUCUCUCCCUACGUAAAUAUGAACAGGGAUGUAUACAUUCACUAAAUAUCUAUCACUACAGUUAGUAUUUUUAUGUUUAUUGAAGGUAUAGACAGAAAUUGUGACGAGGAGAGUGCAAGCCAAUUCGGAACUGUAAAUGAUUUUACCUGAGGGCAAUAUGUAUCAGAUUUCAUUCUUUCUGUAAUCAGUUUUGUUUUUCUCAGAAACUCAGAAACUCGACAGGAAUUUCUGGGAUUUUUAGUAUACUUUGUACAGGAGGACUCAAAUUGAAAUGACUCUCUGUCAACCAUAUCUUGUUUUUUUGCACUUAUGAGGUAAUACAAAAACAUUGACAUCAAUGACUGGAUUCUUAUAAUGUCAAAACUUAGAAUACCAUACAGGAGAACUGUUCUUGGAUGCUCCAUUCCUUCGAUACCACUGACAGACGUUGAUGGGGUCUUUUAGGCAUGGCAUAAUGCAAGACAGCAAUUGGCCCUAGCAAAUUUGUGACGGGGACAAUUUGCUGCAACGAGAUAAAGAGAGCUGGUGCCUUGCAUUUGGUGCUGGUGAGCAUUUUCUGCAAUGAAACAGUCAUGGGAAGCAGCCAAAUUUAAGCUGUCAGCUGUGUAGAACCCACCUGAUAUGGAUUGAUGAACAACAUGAUAUGUGAUUUAAAUCUUUGCAGUGGCUCAGAAACUCAGAGUGCCUACUGUUGGAAACCACUUGGUAGGUCAGGGUGGCCCUCAUGGUUGUCAACCUUUUGGAUAUGUUUCCAAAUGUUGCAGUCUUGGCUUGAUCUCUAGGUUGUGGUUGAUUGAAUCCCGUAUCAGUGUGACAGAGACAUCGUCCCCGCUUGCCGAAUCUCUUGGACAUGGUGGCCUACAGAUAAUUCCCAAGCCUGCACUCCCUCCGGAUGAUCCCCAAGUUUGCUGAGAAAGCCUUGCAAAUCUCUACUAUAUCGUAGAUGUUUGACAGAUUGUUACAUUUAACUGCCUUUAACCUUUCUUGGGGCACUUCGUAGAUGUAAGUUUGUUGCUGCAUGCACUCACCUUGAUUAGGUUAUUCGUUCUCUCUUUGUCGACAGAGUAGAUGUAAUAUCAAGUUAAAUAUAAUGUAUAUGUAAUCCUUAAUCUGUUGGGGGAUCA